AUCCAUAGCCUGAGGCAUAUCUGUUCACUGCCUUCGGUGCUUAGCCAUGGCCGGACUGGUCUCCGUCUUCGUUUGUUACCGGAAUUUCAGACCUGUUAUAAUGCAAAGAGUUGCCUUUCUCCGCUUAACCGAUGCCAGCACACGGGCCAUGGCGACGGAGGAGAAGAACCGUUGCCGGGCAAAGGGUCUCCCGUGCAUUGCGCCGCUAGUGAGCUCGGUGAAUGAGACGACGGUGCCAAUCACUACAGAGAUCCACGGACACGUUCCCGCCUGGCUCAACGGCAGUCUCUAUCGGAACGGCCCAGGAAAAUUCGAGUUUGGGACACAGACUUAUAACCACUGGUUCGAUGGCAUGGCCCUGCUUCACAAGUUCAAGAUCAAGGGUACCCAGGUGACCUAUAAGAGCCACUUCCUGCGUAGCGACAGCUACAAGGCCAACAGCGAGCACAACCGGAUCACGACGUCAGAGUUCGGCACGCUGGCCAUGCCUGACCCCUGCAAGAACUUUUUCCAGCGCUUCCUGACGCGUUUUGUCAUGCCGAAGCACACUGACAAUGCCAGCGUGCACUUUGUCAAGUACAAGGGUGAUUACUACGUUAGCACUGAGUCUCCCUUAAUGCACCGGGUGGACCUCGAGACCCUGAUGUCAAAGGAGAAGGUAGACUGGAGUAAGUUCAUUGCAGUAAAUGCUGCCACAGCCCAUCCUCACUAUGACCCGGAUGGCACUGCAUACAACAUGGGCAACUCCUACACCAAAAAAGGUGCCUUUUACAACAUCAUCCGUGUACCUCCUGAGAAAGCAGGACCGGAAGACACCCUGCAGGAAGCCAAAGUGGUGUGCUCCAUCCCAUCAGCAAUCAAGAACAAACCCUCUUACUACCACAGCUUUGCAAUGUCCGAGAACUAUGUGGUGUUCAUCGAACAGCCUUUAAAGCUGGACCUUCUUCAGAUUCUGACGGGAAAGCUGCGGGGGAGGGCACUGAAUGAGGGCAUCUACUGGGACCCCAAUCAGGAAACGGUCUUUCAUGUUGUCAACAAACAUACAGGCGAGCCAAGUGCAGUGAAGUACCAGGCCAGGCCGCUGUCUUUCUUUCACCAGAUCAACGCCUUUGAGGAGGACGGCUUCCUAAUGCUGGACCUCUGCUGUUUGGACGAUGGCAAAGUGAUAAACAACUUCCUCAUCCAGAAUUUGCGCAAAUCCGGGGAAGCCCUAGAUGAGGUGUACAACGAGAUGUGCUUUGCCUUCCCGCGCCGGUUUGUCCUGCCUCUUAAUGUACAUGAGAACACGCCCUAUGGCCAAAAUUUAAACACUCGUCACUGCAGCCUAGCCACAGCUAAGAAGAUAUCAAAAAAUGUGGUGUUCUGUACCCACGAGGAUCUCCAUGGCGAUGACCUCCGGGAGUACGGUGGCCUGGAGUUUCCACAGAUCAACUAUGCCAGAUAUAACACCCGUCCAUACCAAUACUUUUACGGCUGUGGUUUCAGACAUUUGGUGGGGGAUUCCCUCAUCAAAAUGGACCUGCAAAGAAAAAAGUUCAAGGUGUGGACCCAGCCAGAUUUCUACCCCUCAGAACCCAUCUUUGUGCCAUCGCCUGGGGCCGUUGCUGAGGACGAUGGGGUGAUACUGUCCGUGGUCAUCACUCCCAUACAGGGCAAGAGUACAUUCCUUCUAAUCCUGGAUGCCAGAACAUUUGAGGAGCUGGGCCGGGCUGAGGUGCCGGUGCAGAUCCCGUAUGGCUUCCACGGCGUGUACGAAUCCGACGUGCCCACCCCCCCGGGGGGACCCUGAGACACUGCACAGGAGAUUAUGUAGUAAAGAAGCACCCAAUCCAAAGGUCUAUAAUGAAUGUAUCACCUCUGUCGUUAACACUAAUUCUCAGAUAAUUAUUACCAAAUAAUUAUAUUUAUAAUUAGUGCACUUAUUACCAAAAUGUUUAAUUAACUUUAACUUUGUAUUUAAAAAUGUGAAAGGGGACUUAGAACGUGCAAGUGCUGUCCUGGAAGAUUUUGCUAGAAUAAUCUAGAAUAAUAUCCAUCCAUCCGUCCAUUUUCCAAACCCGGUAAUCCUACUGGGUCGCUGGGGGUCCGGAGCCUAUCCCGGAAGCAAUGGGUCUAUAAUAAUGUUUUCUGAAAGCAGUAUUUUGGUUCUCACAGGAAGUUACUGUGGAUAGAGGUCGACUUUGAUGCUUUUGAACCGACACCCAUAUCAUUACAUCGCUUGUGUGUAUGACAACAUUAAAUUCUGUGCUUUAAAUAAAAUAUUUUAUUCUGAAAUACAAUUUACUAAUUAUAUAAUGUGUACUGCAGGACAUUAGAACAUUCGUAUUACAUUUCACGUUACAAUUUUUCCCAAUUUGCUUUAACACAUUUCUCAAAUGACAAUUAACAUUUGCAAAACAGCAAGCCUAAUCCCCGCGCCGUGACGUCACUCUCACACAGCGGGACAUUGUUUCUAUUUGUUUCACACAAAUUGCAAAUGGUUUAGUACGUGUAUGCAAAUAGCCAUGUACGACUGGGGCAGCGUGUGUCUCAGUCAGGUCACCUGGUCAAGCCUGGCUUCAGCACAAACUUCAUUUUAAUGCCACUAACUAAUUUGUAGACAGAAUUAUUUCCAUUUGGUACCAGAGUUGGUUUUGUUUCACUGAUUAUGGUAAUUACUGUUGUGCUAUAUUCAUAAACUGUUUAGAAAAAUGCUCUUAUGAUCGUGAGAAUGUUAAGUAUGUUUCAUGAAAUGUGAUGAAGGGGGGAACCGUAAAUGACGCAUUUCAGUACAGCAGCAACUCAUACCGUGAUCACUCGGUGCUGUUGACGCCUCUGGUAAGGAUGUAUGUAAUUAAUCUACCAGCAGGCGCAGAAGAAUAACAUCUCAAAAUAAACUGCUAAAAACAGA